AUGGCCACCAACAUUCCGUCCGUGCAUGAGACAUAUGCAUACGAAGCGCAAAAGCGCCUUCGAACUGAUGGGCUGCUCCAGUUUCAGGACGUUCAGCAAAGCGCUUCAGCGCGCAUCCGCCACCUCGCGCAUGAUGCUUGGGCCGAUGAGGAAUGUCUUUCCGCGACGGAGCCAGCUUCUACUUUAUUUUCCACAGACCAAAUCCGCCUUGUCGAAGCAGCAGGGGCCGUGGGAGGAUGGAAUAGAUUCCCGGGACUGCACUGCGAUGUCGAAAGCUACGUCUACAUGCCCCUGCUGGAAGAGAUGGACUACAUGCCUUCACAGAAAUAUGCCUCUGGAGUUGAAAUCCGUCAAUACUUGCAAAAAGUUGUGGAAAAGUAUCAGCUCCAUCAUAGGAUAAUACUUGGGACAAAAGUGGACAGUCUGCGAUGGGAGGAGCAAGACUGCGUCUGGAAGGCAGAACUAUCCUCUUCCCAUGAUCCGGUUCUGACACGAUAUGAGCCACCAGUCAAUGCUUGGGCCGCAGAGGCCGAAUUUGUCAUUUUGGCUGCAGGCUACUUGGCCAGGCCACAGGUGCCGACUCUGGACGGAGCCGGCGUCGACAGCUUCCAAGGCGACAUGUUUCAUACAGCAAGAUGGGAUUAUGGCGUCACCGGCGGCUCGUCUGAGGAUGUCUUUCCACAGCUGGAGAAGUUGCGAGACAAGAAAGUUGUCAUCAUCGGCACCGGCGCGACAGCGAUCCAAGUGAUACGGUGCCUGGUGAAGCACGCAAAGGAGGUAUUUGUCUUCCAACGCACCCCGAGCGCCGUAUACAGCCGCGGCCAGCAAGGCACAGAUACGAAGGAGUGGAGAGACAAAAUUGCCAGCGCUGAGGGCUGGCAUCGCGAUCGCAUGGAGAAUAUGACGGCGAGAAUGUCUAGGAGUGCAUCGUCGGGAUUGGCGGACCUGGUAAAUGACGAAUGGACCAAACUGGAAGCCUACGCUGCCAUGCUAGGUGACCCUGAAUGGGCAACGAUAACACCGGACCAGACGCCAGACCUCGUGGGCCAUUAUCUGGAGUUGGAUGCCAAGCACAGUGCGCGGCUGCGCACGCGUGUCGCUGAGGUAGUCAAGGAUGAAGCGACAUCUCAAGCUCUCACGCCUUGGUAUCCCGUCUGGUGCAAGAGACCGACAUUUAGUGACACGUACCUCCAGGCAUUUAAUGAAGCCCACGUCCAUCCUAUCGAUACAGCGGGCCAGGGAGUCGACAAGAUCACUGCCGGCAGCGUCGUGGUACAAGACACCGAAUACCGUGUUGAUGUCCUCAUCUUGGCUACCGGAUAUGUAUCGCCGACAGCAAGCCGCGGAGACCCCGGAGUCCGCACCGGGGUUCAGGUCGUCGGACGUCAGGGACAGACCAUAGGAGAGAAAUGGGAAACUGGUCAUGGAAUGGCGACGCUGCACGGCAUUGCCACAAGCGGCUUCCCAAACCUCUUCAGGCUCGGCGCCUCGCAGGGGCCGACAUCGGUCAACUUGACGCAUGUGCUCGAUACGCAGAGCCAAAAUAUUGCGUACAUCCUCGCGAGGGCCCACGAGCGAGCCCGGCUACCGACAAAGCAGCGCAUCGGGAUCGUGGUUGAAGUCGAGCCCGAGGCGGAAGAGGCCUGGAGUCUACGCAUUCUGGAUGGUGCAGCGCGUUGGGCGAUCUUGUCCACAUGCACGCCGAGCUACUUGAAUAAUGAAGGCUUGGGGCUGCUCAUGGCGCACGGGCUCGCUGAAUCCCCUAGUCAGGAAGAUAUGGUGAGGACGGCGAGAACGGCACCGUGGAGCGCUGGUAUGCCGGCCUUUUUGCAAGAGUUGGCGCACUGGCGCAGGGAGGAUUCUCUUUGUGGAUAUCGUGUAGAUGUAGUCUCAUGCGAACAAUGA